AGAUCUCGCACUGUAGUAGUGCUACAAAUAUUGAAAUCUUGUUAUGAAAAACUUGAAGCAAUAAUUUGUAACCUCUUUUUUAAUAAUAUAAUUUAAUUUGUCAACCACCGCAAUGCAACUUUAUACGCGUUUGCGUAUAAAGAACUCGAUCCAUACAAACAUAACAAAUUCGGGUACAAUCCGAGCUACACACGGGAUGCGAAUACUUAAAAUCCGGGCAACAAGAAAUUGCAUUCAUUCAUUUGCACAUUUCGCAUGACAACAGGCACUUCAUGGAAAAUUGCACCGGAAGAAACAGUUUUUAAAACAUUUAAAUAAAUACACCCUUCGAAAUCCAGCAUUAAACGGUGUUCAUAUAUAACUCUACAAAAGUGGUAAUAAUAAGCAAUAUAUGUAGUAAUGUGUACCCCGGUAUUAAAGUUAUACCAUAUCGGUGGGUAGAAAAAGUUCAGAAAUAAAUCAAAUACUACAUACAUACACACUGACCUAUAUAUGAAGAUACAGACUUGCAUCUACAUAGUUAUAGUUUAUUGAUGUGAUAUCAAUUUGCGAAAACCGCAUGGCUCUAUCGUGAAUGACUCAUAGCUUCAUAACCAUAGCAUGUAGACGGACCAACGGAAAUACGAAGGACAUACAUAUGUACAGUAUGUAAUGGAAAGUGGUUUCAUCAAUUAAUAAUAUAUGUGUGUAUGUAUACUGAAUCUUUAUAAUGCCCAAUCAUAAUCUCUCCCAUAUCAGAAUUGCCUUGUUAUCUAUUUUAACAAAAACGUUUUUCUUGAGUUUUAAGAGUUCAUCAAUUCCAUAAAAUUAUUUAUUAGCAGUGCUAAUAUCCUAACUUUAAAGUAAUUUGUUCUUACUAACACCAAACAAACUGAUUUUUAACUAAACAACCACUAACAACUUUGAACAUGAGUACCUGUCGCGUAAUAGCAGUGAUAGAUGCUGACCACUUUGAAGUGCAAGUGUAUCAAAAAAUGGAAGUGUGGGCAUACACCAUAGGAAAACCUUGUGUUGUGGCUCUAAGCAUUUAUAACAUGGCCAGGAUCGUGUCCAUAUCUCCGGAGGCUAAACAAGCUGGUGUCAGCAGGGACGAUAAUGUCGGGAGCGCAAGACUGAAGUGUCCUCAACUUAUCAUUAUUCCUAAGAAUAAAAAAUUUACAAAACCGGACGCUUCACUAACGGACAAAUAUAGUUACGACAUCCGAUCCGCAAUUUUGACCUUUUGCCGUGAACAUCUCCCCGCCGCGAUGUGUGAAAUUGAUCCCAUCAUCAUCGAGAAGGUGGGCAACGACGAGUACUUUUUGGACUUGACACAGCUUGUAACCUCGCUCAUUUACGAUGGCUUCAAUUCACGUAUUAACACGGCUGGACGCGUCUUUAUGGAAGCGGAUGACAGAUCGUACCAGGGUCGACAGCUUCAUAAUCAAAUAAGAAGAUUUUAUUCUCGCGAUGAGAACAAUAGUGAAGAGGAAACCAGGUUAGCAAUCGGAUUGGGGAUCGUUGAGGAGUUAUGCACUUUCGUCACGGAGGAAACUGACAUUCUAUGCUCUGGAGGCGUGGGCUCCAACAAGUUACUUGCAAAGCUUGCCUGCAAGAGUCAUAAACCAUGCGGGGUCACUGCCCUAACUCGGGGGGGAUUUAAUAGGAUUUCUGCAAGUGUCCCAUUUCGUGAUGUGCCCGGAUUUGGUGGCGACCUUGGUGUAGAUGUGAAACAAGUAUUCGGAGGAAUCUUUGUCAAUCAACUCCGUUACUGGCUAAGAAUCCACGCAAAUUUUAAUCGGCUCAAAAGCAUUGUUGGUGACGAACAAGCUACAACUGCAAAACGCUUGGCACGCGGGGUCUGCCACGAAGAAGUUGAAGACAAGCUAAUGUUCAAAGGUCUAAAUUGCAGUCGGAACUAUUUGACUAUUAGGACCAAAGGAGACUUUCGGACGGAGCUCAACUACUUGGUGCAAAAUAUGAAGGAACGUCUUCAGUUAGAAGUGAAGUACAACAAACGCUUCGCAAAGAAGAUUAAGGUGGAAUAUUUCUUGCGCAGAGGUAGACGUCAACGAUAUUCGUUUCCAAUGUAUUUUAACCCAACGACCAGCGUCGAUUAUAACGGAGACGGCAAAAUGGAUGUAGACUUGGCCGAAUUCUUUGCUUCUGCCAGCCAAUCUGCAGAAAGGCAUGACAACUUUGAAAAUCAUUUACCAAAUAUUUGUAAAAUAAAUUUUUGCGUUACUGACUUUGAUAGUUUUGAUAUAGUUGAGUAAAAUGAUAUUUUUUAUAUAAAUAGCUCACUUUUAAAUAGUUUGACAUUAUUCAUAGUAGACAAUUGAAUAGGAUAAUUAAAAAUAAAUUGACGUUUAACUCGUAAAAAAUUAUAUUAAUAAUACUCUGUACAGCAAAAUAUCUAGGAAAGCAUGACAUUUUUUAAACACGACGUUAGCUGAAAUUUAGAGAUAUUCAAAGAUAUUCAACGAUACAUAAUUUGUUUUUUAACGAAGUAAAGUUCAGUGAAAAUUUAAUUUAGCGUUUUAGCCGUCAGAAAAAAAUAUUUUGUAUUUAUUACCUAUGCGCUUUUACCAGCAAUAAAAGACAUACUCGUUUCAUGACAA